AUGAUGGCCUUCUUGCCAGGCAUCUCCUCUUUUGAGAGGGCGCAGAUGCUGAAAGAGAUCGAUGAUAGAGCAGAGCUUUCCAUCCAGGCCCUUGAGCAUCAAUUUCCUCAGGCCACUGCUCUAACUCAGCAGAUUCCCAGCGGCAUCUUCAACCACACUCAAGUCAUCAUUGGUGGCCACUCCCAAAUUGUGACCAUCAACAGGCAAUGGCGUGUGGCCGUCAUUGAGCAAAGGAGCUUCAGCGGGUCCUGGAAAACCAUCUGGAACUACAACACGGGUGUCAUUGCAACCAAAGUCAGGCAACAGAACGCCUGCUACAUUUCCAUCAUGAACAGAAAUGAGAUGCCUCGCUUUGAUAACCUGGCCCACCUGGCACAAGAGAGCAGGAACCUGAUUGGUGGUUUUGGAAGACCGAACAAGAGGAUCACCUUUGUCACCAAUGGACUGGUCAGCAACCUCAACUCCUAUGGAAUAGACAUCACGGCUAUGUGCAGCGGAGUCACCACCUACAUGGCUUACGAAGUUACCACUUUCCAAGGACCCCAGGUGACUCUGGGAUCAUGCAUUACCCUGGAUGUCCUGAGUGCUGUCGAGCUGAAGUACUGCAAUAGCAAUGGCAGUACUCAGCAGAUUCCCAGCGGCAUCUUCAAUCACACUCAGGUCAUCAUUGGUGGCCACUCCCAAAUUGUGACCAUCAACAGGCAAUGGCGUGUGGCCGUCAUUGAGCAAAGGAACAUCAGCGGGUCCUGGAAAACCAUCUGGAACUACAACACGGGUGUCAUUGCAACCAAAGUCAGGCAACAGAACGCCUGCUUCAUUUCCAUCAUGAACAGAAGCGAGAUGCCCCGCUUUGAUAACCUGGCCCGCCUGGCACAAGAGAGCAGGAACCUGAUUGGCAUUUUUGGAAGACACACCAAGAAGAUCACCUUUGUCACCAAUGGACUGGUCAACAACCUCUACUCCUACGGAACUGAGAUUGCGGCUAUGUGCAGCGGAGUCACCACCUACAUGGCUACCGAAGUUCACACUUUCCAAGGCCCCCAGGUGAAUCUGGGAUCAUGCAUUACCCUGGAUGUCCUGAGAGUUGUCGAGCUGCAGUACUGCAGUAGCAAUGGCAACUGGAACAACCACGGCAUCUUCAACAACACUCAAGUCAUCAUUGGUGGCCACUCCCAAAUUGUGACCAUCAACAGGCAAUGGCGUGUGGCCGUCAUUGAGCAAAGGAGCUUCAGUGGGUCCUGGAAAACCAUCUGGAACUACAACACGGGUGUCAUUGCAACCAAAGUCAGGCAACAGAACGCCUGCUACAUUUCCAUCAUGAACAGAAAUGAGAUGCCUCGCUUUGAUAACCUGGCCCACCUGGCACAAGAGAGCAGGAACCUGAUUGGUGGUUUUGGAAGACCGAACAAGAGGAUCACCUUUGUCACCAAUGGAUUGGUCAGCAACCUCAACUCCUAUGGAAUAGACAUCACGGCUAUGUGCAGCGGAGUCACCACCUACAUGGCUUACGAAGUUACCACUUUCCAAGGACCCCAGGUGACUCUGGGAUCAUGCAUUACCCUGGAUGUCCUGAGUGCUGUCGAGCUGAAGUACUGCAAUAGCAAUGGCAGUACUCAGCAGAUUCCCAGCGGCAUCUUCAAUCACACUCAGGUCAUCAUUGGUGGCCACUCCCAAAUUGUGACCAUCAACAGGCAAUGGCGUGUGGCCGUCAUUGAGCAAAGGAACAUCAGCGGGUCCUGGAAAACCAUCUGGAACUACAACACGGGUGUCAUUGCAACCAAAGUCAGGCAACAGAACGCCUGCUUCAUUUCCAUCAUGAACAGAAGCGAGAUGCCCCGCUUUGAUAACCUGGCCCGCCUGGCACAAGAGAGCAGGAACCUGAUUGGCAUUUUUGGAAGACACACCAAGAAGAUCACCUUUGUCACCAAUGGACUGGUCAACAACCUCUACUCCUACGGAACUGAGAUUGCGGCUAUGUGCAGCGGAGUCACCACCUACAUGGCUACCGAAGUUCACACUUUCCAAGGCCCCCAGGUGAAUCUGGGAUCAUGCAUUACCCUGGAUGUCCUGAGAGUUGUCGAGCUGCAGUACUGCAGUAGCAAUGGCAACUGGAACAACCACGGCAUCUUCAACAACACUCAAGUCAUCAUUGGUGGCCACUCCCAAAUUGUGACCAUCAACAGGCAAUGGCGUGUGGCCGUCAUUGAGCAAAGGAGCUUCAGUGGGUCCUGGAAAACCAUCUGGAACUACAACACGGGUGUCAUUGCAACCAAAGUCAGGCAACAGAACGCCUGCUACAUUUCCAUCAUGAACAGAAAUGAGAUGCCUCGCUUUGAUAACCUGGCCCACCUGGCACAAGAGAGCAGGAACCUGAUUGGUGGUUUUGGAAGACCGAACAAGAGGAUCACCUUUGUCACCAAUGGACUGGUCAGCAACCUCAACUCCUAUGGAAUAGACAUCACGGCUAUGUGCAGCGGAGUCACCACCUACAUGGCUUACGAAGUUACCACUUUCCAAGGACCCCAGGUGACUCUGGGAUCAUGCAUUACCCUGGAUGUCCUGAGUGCUGUCGAGCUGAAGUACUGCAAUAGCAAUGGCAGUACUCAGCAGAUUCCCAGCGGCAUCUUCAAUCACACUCAGGUCAUCAUUGGUGGCCACUCCCAAAUUGUGACCAUCAACAGGCAAUGGCGUGUGGCCGUCAUUGAGCAAAGGAACAUCAGCGGGUCCUGGAAAACCAUCUGGAACUACAACACGGGUGUCAUUGCAACCAAAGUCAGGCAACAGAACGCCUGCUUCAUUUCCAUCAUGAACAGAAGCGAGAUGCCCCGCUUUGAUAACCUGGCCCGCCUGGCACAAGAGAGCAGGAACCUGAUUGGCAUUUUUGGAAGACACACCAAGAAGAUCACCUUUGUCACCAAUGGACUGGUCAACAACCUCUACUCCUACGGAACUGAGAUUGCGGCUAUGUGCAGCGGAGUCACCACCUACAUGGCUACCGAAGUUCACAGCCCCCAGGUGAAUCUGGGAUCAUGCAUAACCCUGGAUGUCCUGAGAGUUGUCGAGCUGCAGUACUGCAGUAGCAAUGGCAACUGGAACAACCAGUGGAACAACCAGUGGAACAACCAGUGGAAUGGCAACUGGAACCACCAUUGGAACAACCAGUGGAACAACCAGUGGAAUGGCAACUGGAAUCACCAUUGGAACAACCAGUGGAAUGGCAACUGGAACAACAACUGGAACAACCAGUGGAACAACCAGUGGAAUGGCAACUGGACCAACCAGUGGGACAACCAGUGGAACAACCAGUGGAAUGGCAACUGGAACAACAACUGGAACAACCAGUGGAAUGGCAACUGGAACAACCAGUGGAACAACAAUUGGAAUGGCAUUGGCAACAACAACUGGAACAACAAUUGGAAUGGCAAUUGGAACGGCAACUGGAACGGCAAUUGGAACAACAAUUUCCCGGUGAGAACACCUUAA